AUCAUGUUUCUGUGCUCGUCCAUUAAAGGAAACCAGAGGAACCACAAAACAUUUUUUUUCAUCUCCAUCUGACUAUUUUGGUAUCUUUUUUGCGACUCUGAGCUGACAACAAAAUUAUUUUACAGUAGGUGGACUGUACACCCUUCUCUACGAUAAACAUGUCAGGACUGUUAAGUGCACUCAUUCUCCUAAUUAUUCAAGGGUCGUUGGCUCAGCGCGUGAGGGUGGAGCCAGAAGUCGUGUCAUAUCCUGGUCAGACAGUGACACUGCGAUGCCAGUUUCCGAACCCAGGCAAACUCCUUACUCAGGUGUCAUGGAUCUUUGAACGAACUGAUGUACAGCGGAUCCACAUAGCAGUUUUCCAUCCAGUUUUUGGAGUAAAUUACCCAACGACAUCCUCUUUAUCAGGACGUGUCAGUUUUGUAACAGAUCCACCCUCUUUGGAGAACCCAUCCAUUAAGAUCAGAGAAGUGAAGAUGACCGAUGAGGGCCGAUAUAUUUGUGAAUAUGCCACCUACCCUUCUGGCAACGAACAGGGAGUCACUUCACUGGUCCUGCUGGCUAAACCGAAGAACAUUGCUACAUCUGUCACCGUUACCGCCGGGAAAACCCCAGUCAUCGUGGCGCGCUGUGAAUCAUCCAAUGGCCGUCCAGCAGCGAAUAUUUCUUGGUCCACGGCGCUUAACGGAAACGUGACGAUGCCGAUUGAGACAAAGAAUCCAGAUAAUACGAUCACCGUCCAGAGUGCCUACAUGCUGGCUCCACAGCCGUCGGAUAAUGGCAAAGACAUCAACUGCACGGUGUCACACCGUACCAUGACCAAACCUGAGACCUUCCCGAUGAAACUUGUUGUUGAAUAUCCUCCCCGGGUGAAGAUCGUAGGGUAUGAUAACAACUGGUACAGGGGUCAGACAAAUGCAUAUUUGACCUGUCAGGCAGACGGAAACCCUGUCCCCACCACUGUCACCUGGAAAACUUUGUCCGGACUGAUGCCUGAAACAGUGCAGGUGCAGGAAAAUCGGCUCGUUGUGCAGAAGGUGGAUGACACCGUCAACACCACCUUCAUCUGUGAGGUCAGAAACAGUCUGGGAUACGGCAGAGAUCAGAUCUCCGUCUUCGUGAGGGAUUCUGUCCACUCUUGUGGUUCUACUGAAGCUGUGAUCCGACUGGUCCUCUCUGCCCUGGUGGGCGUGGCUACUGUCCUUCUUUUGGUUUAUGACUGAACAAGAUCAAGCACAUAUUCACACAUCAGAAUGAUUUGGAAUCUAUAGCAGAACGCUGAACUUAAAAGGACUUUAGUUUUGUUUUUUCAUAAUAAAUACUGAUGAUUAUGUCAGCUUGUGCUCUCUAUUUCAGAUUUUUUAAAUGUAUUUAUUUGAAAGGUAUCAGUGCAGUUUUCCCUCAGACAACCAAUUCUCACUUUACUUAGGUCCCUUUGUUACAUGUAUUUGCUUGCCUUUAUCAAUAAAGUAAUCUCAGUCUUAA